GACCCGAUUUGAAAAUGUCGGUGCAGAUUUCUUUUGAUCAUCGGGUUCAGUCCCUCUUCCCGGUCGUGCUUGUAAGUAUUCUGAUCCUAGGAUCUGCAAGAUGGAUCCUAGAUGGCCUAAAGAGCGAAAACAGCGAAAUUUUCAAGACAUAUCGCCAUAAGAACAGAGAAGCAGUGUUUGUAUCUGAUGAGGACAGUCUUGAACAGAGCUGCAAUGUCUUUGAAGGACAAUGGGUUUGGGAUAAUGUGUCUUACCCUCUUUACACAGAGAAGAGCUGUCCUUACUUGGUCAAGCAAACAACUUGCCAACGGAACGGGAGGCCUGAUUCUUAUUACCAGAACUGGAGAUGGAAACCGAGCUCUUGUGACUUGCCCAGGUUUGAUGCUCUGAAACUGUUGGAUGUGUUGAGAGGGAAAAGACUGAUGUUCAUAGGAGACUCCGUGCAGCGAGGAACUUUCGAAUCAAUGGUUUGUAUGGUGCAGUCAGUUAUUCCCGAGGGGAAGAAAUCCUUCCACAGGAUUCCACCGAUGAAGAUCUUCAAAGCCGAGGAAUAUGAUGCAACGAUCGAGUAUUACUGGGCACCUUUCAUUGUGGAAUCGAUUUCAGACCAUGCAACAAAACAUACAGUGCACAAAAGACUAGUUAACCUCGAUGCCAUUGACAAACAUGGAAAGAGCUGGGAAGAAGCCGAUAUUCUAGUAUUCGAGAGCUAUGUAUGGUGGAUGUAUAAGCCUCAGAUCAAUGCAACAUACAGACCUAAAACAGAUGAAGUUCGAGAAUACAAUGUGACCAAUGCUUACCGAAUAGCGUUGGAGACAUGGGCCAAAUGGUUAGAAACAACGAUUGAUCCCAUGAAGCAAAGAGUUUUCUUCAUGAGCAUGUCUCCGACCCACCUGUGGAGCUGGGAAUGGAAGCCGGGGAGUGAUGGGAACUGUUUCAAUGAGUUAUAUCCUAUAAACAACCCAUCAUACUGGGGCACAGGAUCAAACCUUGAAAUCAUGGAGAUACUUGGAGAUGUUAUGCAGAAAGUUAGAGUGAAUGUAACAUUGUUGAACAUCACCCAAUUGUCAGAAUACAGGAAAGACGGUCACACAACAGUUUAUGGAGAGCGGAAAGGGAAGCUAUUGACGAAGGAGCAGAGGGCUGACCCGAAAAACUUUGCAGAUUGCAUCCACUGGUGUUUGCCUGGUGUUCCUGAUACAUGGAAUGAGAUCUUGUAUGCUUAUUUGCUUCACAGUCAUCGGAAUUUAUUCUGAUUUUUUGUUGAAGAAAAUGAAUCAAAUGAAGCAAGCCUCGGAGUCAGGAAGCACAUCUCUAUAA